CGUGCUGAUAAGGUGGUCAAUAUCCUGUUGGGGUAUCUCAUUCCAGGCUACUGCAACUUCGUGAGUAAGAGCUGCUAAAGUCUGUGGAGAGUGUUGCAAAUUCAAGAGGCUGCGACUUAUCAUGUCCCAGACAUGUUCAAUUGGACAUAGGUCAGGCAAUCGUGGUGGUGAACGGUUGAUGCGAUGUUUAUCCGUGAAGGCUAACGAUGCUCUGGCAACAUGCGAUCUGGCAUUGUCUUGCUGAAAAAUCGGGUUUUGGAUGGUGUUUAGGUACGGAAUAAGAUGAGGCUCCACUACUUCCGGAAUAUAGCGCCGGGCUGUCAUAUGUGUACUAUGACCGUCGCCGAGUGUAGACGUGUGUGAAUAUCUCUCCUAAACACAGUUAGUUUAGUGCUACUCUUCAAAUUUUCAUCAGUCAAUGUAUAUAUUCGACUUUCAUAAUGCCAACCAAAAACCAGGCAGAGUUUGAGAGAUCGUUGGUGGAGGCUCUGAGAUCCAAUAAUAUUGCAAAUGCAAUUAGCGAGGCUAUCAUUACCAACAUAACAAGGAAACUGGCUGAAAAGUUCCACUACUACGUCACCAAAAUUGCAUCUCUUGAAGCUGAGAUCCAGUUACUGAAAACAGGAGGUUCCCAAUGGAAAUACCACAACAAAGGUGAGCGAGUUUCUUGCAGAGAAAUUGAAGGUCGAUGUAGACGAGAGUGAUAUUGUUGCUGCAUACAGGGUGGGCCAAAAAACUUGUGGCCGGCCAAGGCAUUUGGUGGUCACUUUUAAAAGUAAUGUUAUCUACAGCAACAUUUACAACAAGAAGAAGUCGCUGAAAGGUACUGGUGUGAUAAUCAAAGAAGAUCUUAUUCUAUUGCGUUUGAACUUGGUCAAGGAGGCAGCUGAAAAAUAUGGAUUUAGAAAUGUAUGGACACGGAACGGUAAUAUUUUUGCCAAAACUGAAACAGGAGUGGAAAAGGUACUGUAUAAUGUCUAACUUUUUCCUUUCUGACUGUGCUGAUAAGUGUCUUUUGUGUGCCGAUAGUGUUUAUUUGAUAUUUUGCAGUUAGUCUUAGAAUAGUCACUUAAGUUAUGAGAGAUAUGUGUCUAUUGGGUCACUUAAACAUACAAUCACUAGCUCCUAAACUAAACCAGCUAAAGCUCUUUUUAGGAGAGAAACAAUUCGACAUUUUGGCUAUUUCGGAAAUGUGGCUAAAUGAUCAAAUCAGUUCUGAUGAUUUAAUGAUUGAAGGGUAUAAUUUGAUUAAUAAAGAUCGAAAUUCUGGUAGAAGUGGUGAUGUUCUGUUAUAUAUUUCUGUUAAGAUCAAAUAUGACGUGAUAGAAGUAAGAUGUGAUAUAGAACAACUAUUUGUUAAGCUAGUUUAUAAUAGGUGCAGUUUUGUGGUUGGUGCAGUAUACAAGCCUCCUCAAACUAAGUAUAAACAUUUUAUUGAUUCUCUGGAGACAUCAGUUACAAUCGCUAUGUCUUAGGUGGAUAAUAUUGUUUGUGUUGGUGAUGUAAAUGUUAAUUUUUUAAUUGUUGUAUGUCCAGCAAGUGAAUAUUUUUAUUCUAUGUUAUCGUCGCUACAAUUGAACCAAAUGAUCACUGAACCUACACAUAUCACUCCUCAGUCUAAAUCAUUAAUAGAUGCACUUUAAUAAUUAAUCUUUUGUUACUUCAGUAUUUGUAUAUCCUUCACAGUUUUCAAUGCACGAGUGCAUAGGUUGUCAGCUAAAAUGUGAUAAGCCUAGAAUGGAGCCCAUUUUUUUUUACUUAUCGUGAUUUUAGUAAAUUCGAUGUAUGUGCUUUCGGAAAUGAACAGAUAAACUCACACCUUGAGGAAAUAUUCAGUAUUCAUGAGGUGGAUUUAUAAAUAGAAAAAUUGAAUAAAAUCAUCUUAAAUGUAUUCAACAAACACAUUCCGUUGAGAUCUGUUAAAAUGACAAAAAGAAAAGCACUAUAGAGCCAGUAUUAAAGUUAGGAAAAGGCAUUCAGAGGAAAAUUUCAUGGAAUAUAAACGAUUAAAAAAAUUUGUUAAUCAUAAAAUUGCUCAACAAAAAAGACGAUAUUUCGAAAACCUUUCUGCAAAAAUAGUAAGAUAGUAAGACUUAUGGAGAGAGUUGAAAACUAUAAAUAUUAAUUCCAAUGGUAAACAACAUAUAGAGGACAUAUUGAAAGCUCCUGAUGAAAUUAAUAACUAUUUCCUAAAUUGUAUUCCAAAAAGUUGUAAUAACUUGAUGAAUGACUUCAAUAUACAAAACAGGAUUUGUUCAAAUGAAUUCCGUUUCAAUCUAGUCGAUGAGUUAAUAGUGUUGAAUACACUCACGAGUAUAAGAAACACAUCUCCGGGCUCUGAUGACAUAUCUAUAUCCCUGAUCAAGCGAUGUUGUCCGUUUAUUUUGCCUUUCUUAGUAAACAAAUGCAAAUUUUACCCGGACCCCUAAAACUAAUAAUCCUAAACAGUUGUCAGAUUUAAGUGCAAUAAGCAUUUUAUGCGGACUGUCUAAGCUUGUCAAAAAAGUAUUAGCAAAACAACUUAUUAAUUAUUUAAACACAAAUAGGAUCCUCCCUUCCACGCAGUCGGGAUUUCGAGCCGGUUUCAGCUGUGCAACUGCACUGCUUCAUAUAACAGACGAUAUAAUUUUUUUGAUUUUUUUUUUUAUUUAGCUACAUCCAACAGCCAUAGCCAAUUACUGGAUGGAUAAACAUGAAAAUAUAAACAAAUGCAUGUAGUGGAUGUAUGUAGAGAAAGCUAAAACGCUGCAAAAAAACCUCAAAACACAACUGCGAGGAAAAAAAAUAAGCAUUAAUGUCUCCCAAAGUCGCAGAAAACAAAAAUAUAUCUAAAACGCUAUUAACUGAAUUAUAGUUACGGCACAUUAUAUAGAUAGGGGAAAACUGAAGUAUGUCAGCCCUAGGCCUGGCUAAGUAUAAAGUUAAACUAGUUUGAGACGCUAAUCUAGGAACUAAGAAGUUAAGUUGUUCUAAGAUGGCACUGGAGUCAAUAAUGCCAUGGAUGAGCUUGUGAGUGAACUUUUUGCGUCUGCUCUCUAAAUUAUAGAUUUUGUACCUCAUUAUCAACUCACUAUGAGGAAAGCCAAUAGCAGGAUAUAUCCCGUCAGCUUUGUAUGAGAGGUAUUUUAAAAACUUUCUUUGAACGGACUCUAAGCGGUCAAUAUAUAUUUGAUGCUGAUGCUGAUGCUAUUAGAUUUUAGUAAGGCUUUCGUCACGAUAGAUCAUGUAACACUUUUAGCUAUCUUAAAAUCCUGCGGAGCAUGUUUUGAGCCUUUGCAGCUUUUCAAAUCGUACUUGGAAAAUCGUAGUCAAACAGUCAAGCUUGGUUCUCAAAAAUCUACAUCCAUGACAAUCAAAUCGGGUGUGCCGCAAGGUUCUGUGUUGGGACCAUUGCUUUUCACAUUGUACACUAGUCAGUUUACCAAGUUUAUUAAAACUAUCUCAGAACAUAUGUAUGCGGAUGACACACAGGUAUAUCGUUCUUUCUCGAUGACUGACUGGAAAAUAGUGAAUAACCAAAUUAAUCAAGAUCUUGCUACUAUGGCAGAUAUUUCUGCAAGGCGUUCACUCAUACUAAAUCCUAACAAGUCUGUGGCUAUGGUAUUUGGUAAAAAAUCUGCGCGAGAGUUUUUGGAAUCAAACUUGAAAUUAGAUGUGAGUAAUACUGUCAGGUAAGGCAAAGAAUCUGGGCUUACUCAUUGAUCAGGAUCUAAGGUACAGGGAUCACAUAACGUAAUGCAUACAGAGAGCAUACGCAUCGCUAAAAUUACUAUAUCCCCAUAGAUUAUAUUUAUCAACAGACACUAAGAAAAUAUUGUGCGAUACGCUAGUACUUUCACAAUUUAUAUACUGUGCACCUGUAUUUGGUCCAUGUUUAGACCAAAACAGUGUUAAUCGUAUUCAACGUGUACAAAACUCGUGCAUUCGACUUAUAUACGCAAUUAAAAAGAAUGGGCACGUUUCCCACAAAUUGAAGGAAUUGAAUUGGCUAAACAUGGAGAAAAGAUUGCGCUUAUAUGCUCUCUGCUUAUUUCACAAGAUACUGUAUUAUAAUGAACCCUCUCUAUCUCUACCAAAAGGUGUCAUUUCGCGCAGAUGUCCAUAAUCUUGACACGACACUUAAGCGCCUAAUCAAUAUACCAUCUCACAGGACAGAUCUUUUUGAAAGAAGCUUCAAAUUUACAAUUCGUCGCCUGAAUGCAGAACUAUUGUAUGUCCAAAUUCUUCAUUUUUCAUAUUUUAACACGACAUUGUAGGUCAUAGUCACCUACAUUGCAUGCAGAGGUAUUGUAAGUCCCUGCGCAAGCGUUCCCCCACCAC